CCAUCCUCUAGGUGGUACAGGGCAGCCGCAUCCAGGGCCUGCCGUUCGCUUGGAGGCUUCCCUCUGCUUGGGGUCCGGCUCCUCUCUGCCAGAGCUGGGGGGUUGGGGGUGGGGGGAGGGGGACCCGACUGGUAACCAGGAUCCGAUUUUCCCGUGUUUUUCCAGGCUCCUUGGAAAUUGAGGAAUGCGAUUCUGCCACCAUGAUGGAAGGAUUGAAAAAACGUACAAGGAAGGCCUUUGGAAUACGGAAGAAAGAAAAGGACACUGAUUCCACAGGCUCGCCAGAUAGGGAUGGAAUCCAGGGGAAAAAAAAGGCCCAGAAGACCCAACUUCUCCUCAGUCCUUGCUUCUGGCUCAGAGCCUUCUCCUUAACUCUAUUUCAGCAUCCCAGCCCACACGAACCACCCUACAAUAGCAAAGCAGAGUACGCACGCGAAGGAGGAAAAAAAGUAUCGAAGAAAAGCAAUGGCGCCCCGAAUGGAUUUUAUGCAGAGAUUGACUGGGAAAGAUAUAACUCUCCUGAGCUGGAUGAAGAAGGCUACAGCAUCAGACCGGAAGAACCCGGCUCUACCAAAGGAAAGCACUUUUAUUCUUCAAGUGAAUCGGAAGAGGAAGAAGAAUCACACAAGAAGUUUAAUAUUAAAAUUAAGCCUUUGCAAUCUAAAGACAUCCUCAAGAGCGCAGCCACCGUUGAUGAGCUGAAGGCUUCGAUAGGCAACAUCGCGCUUUCUCCAUCACCAGUGAGGAAAAGCCCGAGGCGCAGCCCGGGUGCAAUUAAAAGGAACUUAUCCAGUGAAGAGGUUGCAAGACCACGACGCUCAACACCCACACCAGAGCUUGUAAGCAAAAAACCUCCAGAAGACCCCGUGGCCCUGGCCCCGCUGUUUGGUCCUCCAUUGGAAUCGACAUUCGAAGAGCAGAAAUCUGAAGUUCCUUUAGAUCAGCCUGAGAUAUGGGGUUCUGUCCAACCAAUGAAUCCAAGCCUCGAGUCUCCAAAGUUAACAAGACCUUUUCCCACUGGAACACCUCCACCUUUGCCUCCUAAAAAUGUACCAGCGACCCCACCCCGAACCGGCUCUCCUUUGACAGUGGGACCAGGCAGUGAGCAGACCACACCCGAGGUCAAAGGUGACAAACUACCAUCCAUCAGUGAUUUGGACAGCAUUUUUGGCCCAGUUUUGUCCCCCAAGUCUGUGGUCAUUAACACGGAAGAAAAGUGGGUCAAUUUUUCUGAUGCAUCCCCGGAACGGGUCACUCCAGAGUUGACUUCAAGGGAAAAGGUGGGGUCCCCACCGCUGGUGUCAGAAAACCCAACUGACUCCCCAGCUGUUGACCCUCCACGCAGCAUUCCAUCGCCACUUGAUUUAGAAGAGGUUCAGAAGAAGUUUUCUGAGCAGACCCUCGGGAAAGAUGAUAACUUAGAAACAGUCGCAUCUCCUAAAGAUUUUGGGUUGGGCCAGAGAGCUACACCACCUCCCCCUCCACCACCCACCUACCGGACCGUGGUAUCAUCACCCGGACCCAGCUCAGGCAGUGGGACGGGAACCGCGAGCGGAGCAUCAUCCCCAGCCCGGCCCGCCACCCCAUCGGCCCACAGCAGCAGCGGGACCACACCACCUCCACCUCCUCCUCGGCCUCCAUCUCGGCCCAAGCUGCCUCCUGGGAAGCCUGGGGUGGGAGAUGUGUCCAGACCUUUUAGCCCUCCCGUACAUUCCUCAAGCCCUCCUCCAAUUGCACCCCUCGCCCGGGCAGAGAGCACAUCAUCAAUAUCGUCCACCAACUCCCUGAGUGCAGCUACGACACCCACUGUUGAGAAUGACCAGCCUUCCCUCGUUUGGUUUGACAGAGGAAAGUUUUAUUUGACUUUUGAAGGCUCUUCUCGGGGACCCAGCCCUCUGACAAUGGGAGCUCAGGACACCCUCCCUGUGGCAGCAGCAUUCACAGAAACGGUCAAUGCCUAUUUCAAAGGAGCAGACCCCAGCAAGUGUAUAGUGAAGAUCACCGGAGAGAUGGUGCUGUCAUUCCCCGCAGGCAUCACCAGACACUUUGCCAACAACCCCUCCCCAGCCACCCUGACCUUCCGAGUGGUGAAUUUCAACAGAUUAGAACACGUCCUGCCAAACCCCCAACUUCUCUGCUGCGAUGAUGCACAGUGUGAUGCCAACACCAAGGAAUUCUGGGUAAACAUGCCAAAUCUGAUGACUCACCUAAAGAAAGUGUCUGAGCAAAAACCACAGGCAACGUAUUAUAAUGUGGACAUGCUCAAAUAUCAGGUAUCUGCACAGGGCAUUCAGUCCACUCCGCUGAACUUGGCAGUGAAUUGGAGGUGUGAGCCAGCCAGCACUGACCUACGCAUCGACUACAAGUACAACACAGACGCAAUGACCACCCCAGUCGCCCUCAACAACGUCCAGUUUCUGGUCCCCAUUGAUGGCGGAGUCACCAAACUUCAAGCGGUGCUGCCCCCUGCUGUUUGGAAUGCUGAACAGCAAAGAAUACUGUGGAAGAUUCCUGACAUCUCUCAAAAAUCAGAAAAUGGAGGGGUGGGUUCUUUGCUGGCAAGAUUCCAGUUAUCCGAAGGCCCUAGCAAACCUUCUCCAUUGGUCGUGCAGUUUACCAGUGAGGGGAGCACCCUUUCUGGCUGUGACAUCGAGCUGGUGGGAGCAGGGUACCGGUUUUCGCUCAUUAAAAAAAGGUUCGCAGCAGGCAAAUACCUGGCAGAUAACUAAUAGAACCUUAUGCAAGCAUAUGGAGAACCCAAAUCACGGAGGACUGUCGAACAUGGAACAGGUUUUUGUUUUGGGGUUUUAAUGAAAACAAAGUAAAACCUGCCCUGGGGACAUUUCUGCUGGAAGUGUCCUUUACUUUCAGCAACUUUUCUCCCUCCGUGGACAACACCGUGUUGAGAGCAGUCCCACAGUAUUUACUUCUAGGUGUAACAUUGUUAAUGGUUUUAAAAUGUAAUUAUUGUAUUUGUAAAUUGUACUCAUUCCCGUAAGACUGUAUUUCAGGCGGUUAGACAAACUUGAGUUUUAGCAUUUGACCAUUCACGAAAUGGGUGUAAUUUAAACUAUGGUAUAUAAAUUUACUAGCAGUCCUGUUGAUUGGCACAAGGCUUACAGACAUAGAUUGCAUUUUGUCAAUAUAUAAAGUUUAAAUACAAUAUUGGUAGCGGCUUUCAAAGGGGGUGCCUCAUGCAAAGAAGGAUUCACACCUUUCCUUUUUUCCUCCAGUCCUUACUAUGUCUUAUUCUAUAGUGUGAAAUUAAGAGUUCUACCUUCCAACAUUUAGUGGGGUUCAAUUUAAAAAUAUUUCAGUAAUUCUAAGGUUACAACGUAUUUAAAGAAGGCAAGAUGUACCACUUUUUAACCGCUUUUUUUUCAAACUGCAAAUUUCCUAAAAAUGCACGCCAUGUAAACAGGGCCUCUUAUUUUUAUAAUAUGUAUAAAGGGGAUAUUUAAAGUUAAAAUUAUGAAACUAUGAUUGAGAUUCCAGAGGAUGCUGGGAUCUGGGUCAUUUCCCUACAUUCACCACCCCUCCCCCAAGCUGGGCAGAUAUAGAGGUUCCUGAAGAACCAGGCAGUUUUAUUGUGAUUUUAAGAGGAUGAGAAUUUCUUGAGAUCUUGAUUAAGAAUUGCUACCUGAUUGUGGGCGUAACUGUUUCUGCAACUCUGCAGGCUGAACUGACCUGCAUCGUCUGUCUUCUUCCCCUACGUGGAGGCUGCCGGUCUUUGAGUGAGUUCUGAAGUCCCCUGCAUCCAUCUGAUUGGAGAAUGUUGAUUCACAUCUCGAAAGUCUUUUGGGGAAUGGGGGAAACCAACUUAGGCUGUAUGGCUAAAGUUCUCUGAAAUAAAUGUCCUCUCCGAUGAACAAAAUGUUCUUUAAAAAUCUGAAUUACUGUAAACUAGAAACACCGGCCAUUCCUUUGGAACCAAUAAGAUGGGUGCGAUCUGCAGUUCCUAUCAUUGACCUCCAUUGCCAUGAGGCAGAAGGGAGGCAAUGCAGUCCUCUAGCCUUGACCAGCAAAAUGCAGGUUCCUAUAGGAGAAAUACUUCUUGGCAUGCACUCCUUAGGAGCUAUUGUCCAGUCUUUCUAUGGAAGCAACUGCCCCUCAACCCCUUGGCACACCAUACAGUUAGCAUUUAGAUACUUUUUGGAGAGGUGAGGGGAUCUGUACGUGUUGGUUCAUUGGUGAAGGCUAUUCCCUGUGCGGAGAUUCCCUUCACUGAUACAACGUCUCAGAAAUUCAUCAUUUUUAGGCUUUACCUGGGGCACUGAGAGUUUAAGGCCAUGGUCGUACAGCUAAUAUAUGUUGAAGGCAGGACUUAAAUGAAAAUCAUCCUGACUCUAAGGCCAGCCUUCUAUCAAUAGAUUAUACUGCCUCUCUUGGAUACACACGUACAUAUAUACCUGUAU